CUCUGCUGUGUACGGAGUACUCCGUACUGGAUAUAUAUACAGAUGUACAUACCUAGGCAAAUUAUAUUGAUUCUUCAGCUUGUUUGACAACAGUACUUUGUCAACUUUUCAUAAAAACAGUUAUGACAGUUAUGGCAUUGUUUUGAAGUGGGCUGAGCCAGUAUGCUGCCAAAAGUCUAUUGCAGUCAAUGACUAACUAUAAGGUCUGCUUGAUGGUUUCUUGAGAUGAUGUCUCAGCGUUAUUGUCUGAUAACAGCAAAGAGAUUGAGCUUAGACACGGUCAGCAGCUAACCUGAACCCUGCUCUAUCUCUUGCGAUUCUAAUGAGGGAUUCUUGUACUGGUCAAUUCGAUUUCUGACAUUGUUAGGAGCACGUCCUGGCGUUGGGGCCGUUGAAUUUCUCGAAGCUGACAGACAGACGCCUUCGCAUCAGAAAGACGCCUAUUAUUGGCAGGCCCUUCGAGAUAUUUAGCUUCGAGAUAGCGCCGAGGGCCAAAACUAAUAAAUAAGCAUCUUUGGAUUUUCUGACUGAUCUCCUCAGUGAAACUAGCCUCCCCUUUUCAAAACCUUCACUGCAGGCUGCAGACAAUAGCUGCAUCGCAAAUCAAAGGGGCACAGUUAUGUGAUUGUAGGAACCGAACCACAGCUGUGGACCGCAGCAGAACCGCUAAACAAUCUUUUCCGAUGAUCAGGGCUGCCCUGGCUCGGGUGCCAGGCCUCUCUCCAAGGGCGCGUCAUGGACUGCUCGUCGUCGUCUCCCUAGCCAUCGUCCUCGCCCUCGUCCAUCAGUUCUCGCUGCCGUUCUGGUACUCCCCGCGCCAGAAAACCCCAUCCCGCCAUAGUUUCUCCAGCCCGCACCCUAUCAACUCACUCAUAUGGAGGGCCGAGCAGGAGUGGAGGCGGCUGCAGGAGAGCCAGACACUUGACAUCAGAGCUGCAGCUAGAGAAUACAGACUUCAUCGUGGGAGGCACCCUCCACCCGGCUUCGAAGAAUGGUUUAGGUAUGCAAGGAAGCACGAUGCGGUUAUCAUAGAGGAGUUCUUCGACCAGAUUGAACACGACUUGACCCCGUUUUGGGCAAUCAAGCCGUCCGAGUUGCGCCAACAGGCUGCCAGCGUCCAGCACCGGGUUGUCGUCCGCGAUGGUAAAGCCACACUGGAGGAGCCUGGAAAGCAUUUCUGGGCGCCAAUCUGGACCAGUCUAAUCCAGUCUCUGGAGGAGCAUCUCCCCGAUGUCGUCGUUCCCUUAAAUGUGAUGGAUGAGUCUAGAAUCGUGGUGCCGUUCGAGAAAAUAGAGGAAUAUACAUCAAAGGGGCUUGCGACUCGAAAUUUCCUAAAACCCACGGAUGUGGUACAAGAGUUCACGAAAGUAGCAAAGACUCAGAAGCCCGAACCCCCCUUCGACCCUGCUUAUGAGGGACCGGGUUUCAGCCCUUACUGGAAAAUAGUGACCCGUGGAUGUCCAGCGGAUAGCUCAGGACGUACACAAUCCCUUUCUCACAUCGAUUUCUUUAAACCCCCACCACCGCAAUACCACAACUAUACCUACGAGGGGUAUAUCGCCAACUUCACUGAGGCCAAAAACCCUUGCAACCGACCCGAACUCCAGGUCCUGCACGGCAACUUUAUCGAACCCAUUUCCAUUUCCACCUCCCAAAAACUCUUCCCCCUCUUCGGCGGCUCCAAACUCCCCGUCAACAACGAAAUCCUCCUUCCGGCCGCCGUGUACGUCGCCGAGAAAACCAUCUGGUCCGGCGACGAGGAAAGCGGCGGCGCCUGGGAAGGCAAGGAAGACAAGCUCGUCUGGCGCGGGACCGCAACAGGCGGCCGCAACCGCCUGGAGAACUGGCGCGGUUUCCACCGCCACAGAUUCGUCUCGAUGUUAAAUGCCACCACAGUCCGGCUCGCCGAGACGGGUAAAACACCACCGCCCAACUUCGCCCUGCCAGACUACGACCUGUACCACCUCGCCCGGACCGAUCGAACCGGUCACAUGGCCGACCUCCUCGACACCAGCGCAGACGCCGGCUUCACCGACCUCGUCUGCUUCCCCGGCCAAAAGGGCAACCCCACCUGCCCAUACACAGACCCCUAUUUCGCCAUCGCCUCCCACAUUCCCAUGGACCAGCAGUACAGGAUGAAAUACCUCGCCGACAUUGACGGCAACUCCUUCAGCGGGCGCUACCGCGGCUUCCUCCUCUCCACAUCCCUCCCCAUCAAAUCCACCCUCUAUGAGGAAUGGCAUGACACGCGCCUGAUCCCCUGGGCGCACUUCGUGCCCAUGGACUCCACGUAUGCGGACAUCUACGGCAUCAUGGAGUACUUUUUGGGCCAUGGGGGUGAGCCGGGGAGGGAUGAGGUGGCGCGGAAGAUUGCGCUGGAUGGGAAAGCGUGGGCGGAGAAGGUGCUGCGGAGGGAGGAUAUGAAGAUUUACACGUAUCGGUUGCUGUUGGAGUAUGCGAGGGUUUGCGAUGAUCGGAGGGAGAGGUUGGGGUAUGUAGGUGAUUUGACCAGGAAGAGUACUCUCAGGUUUAUAUGAUCUUAUAUGGAUAUGGGAAUUUUUUUGGGGACAGUAUCUAUAUGCUAUGUACUUCUUUGGUUCUUUUUUCUUGGAUAUAUAUACACUGCUUGGAUGUUAUUCAUGAUUGGGGGAUAUACCGCUAUAUAUAUCUAUAGAUAGAUAGAUAACUGUAAUAAUUUACUUUUUCUUCCAUCUUCCCAAA